AUGGCUGAAAAAAAAUUCAAAGGAGCUCCGUUUGGAACACAGUUGAUGAGGUUUGAUGUAUCUGGCAUCUACCCUGCCUUAAAGAAAAUAGGAACUUUCACAGAGAUUCCUUACUGCAAGAUGAGGACCACUGAGCUGGAGAGGAAUCUCGGACCAGGCAGGUACAAUGUGGACAGGGGUGACUUCAGUGCUCCGGUCCUGAGGGAGCGGGCAAAGGGACCAGGCUGGAAGAGAGCACAGGAGAUGGCCUGGCUGGCACAUACACCCCACGUGCUGUAUAAAGAGGCCUGGGAGCACAAGCGCUUCCUGAAAUCAAAAGUAGGGCCUGGAACCUACAGGACUGCUGAUUUCAUGGAGCUUCUGCAGAAGAGGCCACAGAGUGUGAGAGGCGUGUGUGAGAGCAGGGAGGAGAGAUUCAAAAGCUUUUAUGCACAGACUCCAGGCCCUGGGAGUUAUGGGAAAGGGGGCAUCCCCACAGCUGUGCUAGAUGAGAAGAGGAUGCAGUUGACAGGAACUUGUCCCACAAUGGACUUUGGCCCUGCAGUGGAGCGAAUUCUAGAAGCAAAAAGGGACAGUGAAAGCAUGGGCAUGUUGCAGAAUGAGACUCCAGGCCCUGGGAGUUAUGGGAAAGGGGGCAUCCCCACAGCUGUGCUGGAUGAGAAGAGGAUGCAGUUGACAGGAACUUGUCCCACAAUGGACUUUGGCCCCGCAGUGGAGCGCAUUCUAGAAGCAAAAAGGAGAAUAUCAAGUGUGGACUCAGGUGAGAAAAUCAGUAUGAGUUUGUUUGUAGAAGACUUGAACAGACCAGAGAAGAGGAAACAUGGGCUGUUCAGCAAGAUGUGUCGAAAUCCAGAGUGUCCUACAGAGAGGAUUUAUCACAGCACCUUGGCCCAGAGCCCUCGUCCAGCGUCGUUUCCUGGUCCUGGCUGGUACACUGUACACCCCCCGUCUGGAAUAGUAAAUCAGGACCCACCACCUUUCCUGUCUUCUACCCCUCGUAUCAGUGAGAGGGCAGAGAGACUGCAGAACAGCAACUACAAUAAUGUAAGGUGCAUGCUGGGUCCAGGAACAUACAAAAUCGACAAGAAAGAUCAACGAACAACAUUGCACAGCCAUCAUUCUGCUUUCAAGUCACAUACACAGCGAUACCUCCACAACCUGGAGAGAGACAGGUUUAACCAGGAGAGACUGCAACCCAUUCACUUUCCUGUUAACAAGGGGUCUUAG